UCCUAAAUAUGAUAGCCCUGAUGUUUCUGAAUAUAAUAGUUCUAAUAUUUCUGAAUGUAAUAGUCCUGAUGGUUCUAAACAAGAUGGUUCUGAAUGCAUUAGUUCUGAAUGUAGUGGUUCUGAAUAUGAUUGUCUUGAAUGCAAUAGGAAGUUUAUUUUUGACGAAUCUUUUAAAGGUGACUGA